AUGCGGAGCAUGACAUUCCUCGAAGCCGGCAGCGCAAUCAUGCGAUUUCCCGCCCCUGGCUAUUCGGUAUUCCCCGACGAAAAGCUUCAACGGGAGAUCUCCGUGAUGCGAUUUAUCGAAGAGAAGACAUUGAUUCGUGUUCCCCAUGUUCUCUAUCAUGGGACGGUCGAGGAAAGUCCCGCGGGGUCCAUUGCCCCUAACCAGAGAACCAACAACAGGAGCACAAGCCCCGCCUCCACCAACACCCGCACCCCAGACCCAUCUUCAGCUCCAGCUCCAGCACAAUCAAAAUCCCAACCAGCAACAGACGAGCUAGUCUUCGUAUGCCCCGGCUGCGUGAUCAUAUUCUCCGACAUCCUGAACUCCUCCGGACCGCCAUGUCCACACCUCUCAGCCUGUAUGAGAUGCACCGUCUGCGGCUCUCUUGAGAAAGAAGGAUACCUGACCUCCGCAACCGCCAAAGAGCUCGUCCGCAACCAAUUCACAAAAACCUACAAGCGCUUCUUCUCCUACACCGAGCAACCAGAGCAAUGGCUCAAAAGGGCCGGCCCGGAAACGGUACACAUUAUCGAGCGGAAAUUCUACGAUCUGUUCAAGCAGGAUGCGGUGGAGAGAUACAGUCAUAUGGCGCGGUGUCGGGCGAAUAAGAAGCUGGGGUGUUAUCGGUGGCGUAUGAGGGGGGAUCGCAUGUUUCGGGGGAUUAAUCUGAGGAAUGUGUAUAGGUUGUUUUUGGAGGAUUUGGCGAGGAAGGGGCGGUUGAAGGGGGGUGUGGUGGCUGUUGAGAGAGAUCGGAGGGUGGUGGGGAUGGGGAUGGGGAUGGAGGAGGGGAAGGGGGUUGUGGGGUUGUAG